AUGUCUAGGCGCGCAUAUCGAAAAGAAAUCUUGCUUGCCGUGUUGUGUGUGAUAGUGAUCUUGCAGUUGACCAAAAACGUCAUCUUUGGAGGAGACAACGACGAUCAACGAUUCCAUUACAGUCUUGUUAGCCAAGAAAAUGUUUCCGAAAUUCACCCUACCUGUAAAAUUGAACGAAACCUUCGAAUUAUCAGCUAUAAUAUACGGUGUCAAUAUUUCAACCCGUUUUCUAUAUGGAACUUUAAUGAACGAAUCGAACGCCUUGUCGAGGGCAUUAAGGACUUUGACAUUGCACUUGUUCAAGAAGCAUAUGUCGUAAACGCGGGAUUAGGCGUUAUCUCAGAGUGCGCCUCGCGUUUGGUCACUGCAAUGUCUAAACAUGGAUUUCAUUAUAGAACUUCUAUUGCAGAUUUUAUGGCACCUUACGUGGGAAAAAGUGGCGGAAUUGCUAUAUUUAGCCGUAUACCUUUGACAAGAGCAACAUCCAGGCAAUUUCAGAGUUUCUCUUUCUUUCAGUACACGGACUACAUGGGCUUCGUUAUAGGGGAGUACAUCGUAAAUUCUCGGCAUCUUUAUGUCGUUAACACACAUCUUGAUCCAAGCAGGCCGGAUACAAGAAUCAUGCAAGCAAGAGAGCUUACUUCUGCAACGAGGAAUUACACCAUGUCCUCUGCUUAUGUUAUCUUAGGCGGGGACUUCAACAUUGAUAAUCGCUAUCCGACCCUCAGUAAUAGCAGUGAAGAAUAUAUAGAACUAUUACGAACAAUGAAAGAAGCUGGUCUUCGCUCCGUUUUCCCUUCUAGAAUAGAAACCAACAUUGACGGUGGUAAUUAUGACGCCAUAUUUGCAAGCUCGAAUAUUGCAGUGGUACGCAAAGAAAUUAUCAAACUUGAAACCGCUAGCAAGGCACUGGUGUCGGAUCAUUUUGGGCUUGCAUUAGAGUUGAAGCUAUUGUGA